GGGAUCCAUUAAUGCCGGCCUCUGGUGGCUUUGUAGUUUAGCUAAAUGCUGAUGUCAGAAGCACUCAAAGACUUCACUCACACAACUCAACGCGGGCUCAGAGCUAAUAAGAACAGACGGAAGAGAGAGCAGAGGCGCUACAUCUUUUGACCUGAAUCCUGAACUACAUCAAAGAACUCAUGGGGCUCGGGGAGGCUUCAGCGAGGGGGACGAGCAUGGAAGGAGACUGCCUCAGCUGCAUCAAGUACCUCAUGUUUGUCUUCAACUUCCUUAUCUUUCUGGGUGGCUCCUUCCUCCUUGGUGUUGGGGUGUGGGUUGUGGUGGACCCCACAGGUUUUAGGGAGAUAGUGGCCGCCAACCCCCUUCUCUUCACGGGCGUCUACAUCAUCCUGGCCAUGGGGGGCAUGCUUUUCCUGCUGGGCUUCCUGGGCUGCUGCGGAGCCAUACGAGAAAACAAGUGUUUGCUGCUUUUUUUCUUCAUGCUGAUCCUCAUUAUAUUCCUGGCAGAGCUGGCGGCAGCCAUUCUCGCCUUCAUCUUCCGGGAACAUUUGACCAGAGAAUACUUCACUAAGGAACUGAAGAAGCACUACCAAGGCUACAACAACACUGAUGUCUUCACAUCAACGUGGAACGCCAUUAUGACUACAUUUGACUGCUGUGGAGUGAACAGUCCAGAAGACUUUGAGGAAAGCAUCUUCAGGUUUAUAAACCCCGGUGAAGUGGUGCCUGAGGCCUGCUGUCGUAGGAACAGUCAUCUUGGAGAAGUAGGGUUCAGUAACAGGGACGAAUGCCUGUCCGGCAGCAUGCUGUACCGGAACAACAAGGGCUGCUAUUCAGCGGUUGUGGACUACUUUGAGAUGUACAUCUAUGUUGCUGGUGCCCUGGCUAUUGUUGUACUCACGAUUGAGCUUUUCGCAAUGGUGUUCGCCAUGUGUCUGUUCAGGGGCAUCCAAUAGAUCAAGUUCGCCGAAAGACUUUUUCAAAGAGGAAAACACCACAAAAGAAAAUUGAACCACUUGUCAAAGAAUGUUUUACUUCUCCAUUUUAUAUCUCUAAAGUUAUUAAGGAACAAAAAAACAAAAAAACAACAAAAAAAAAACCUUCAUUGACCUGUACUUCACAGCUGGACCUUUGAGGUACAAGGUAACAAAACGAAACAUUGACAAAAAAAGAACAUUCUUUGAAUACUGCGAAGAUUAAAUGGGCUUUUUGUCAGAAAGCCCAUGCAUAAUUUCGACCAGGUGUUAAAUAGACCAGAUAAAGCCUGAAACAUGGAUGAAGAAGGUGCUGCACUGAUUUUGGAUGAAGAAUAUUUAUACUGAGUAAUGCUGGCUUGUUUGUAUAGGCAUUUGUGCUUUUAGUAAACAAAAAAAUAAAAAAAUAAAACAAACCACUCUCCCGUCACCAACACAUCACCACAGUCCUUGAAUGCAAGCUUUCACAAGCACAUUAUAUUAGUGUUGUAUAGUCAUGUGAAUUGCCAUUUUUAUCUAUUCCUGUGCGGAUGUUGGAAAUGUGUGCGUGCGUGUGUGUGUGUGUGUGUAAGGUGAAUGUACCUCUUCCUUGCUUGAAGACCAGCAUUUUUUUUUCGUAUUGUGAUGUUUAUUCAAUAGUAAUUCUGUGUGAUUUUAGCUGAAAUUUGAUGUGUAUGCAUUUGUAUUGAAGAUUAAACUAACAUUAAAGGAAUCUCUGAUGAACCA